AUGACUACGGGGUUGACACUGCAGAAGCUGUUCGUCCUCUUUGAGCCCCUAAUAACAGUCAGUACUCAACUACCUCUACAUAUCAUGAGCCUUGAGGGGAUAUUGCGCAACACCUCAGCCUCAUUUUAUUUUAUUACUGAUUGUAUAUUAGUUUCUAAAGAUCGGAGAAUCACAAGUAAGCCCAAGGUACAUGAGAGCUCGAUCCCGCUCGGUCCCCUCAGCGCUCACAAAACUGGGCCUCUAAAACCUGCGACAUGUGAGUGUCCAUAUCCGGCAGCGAAGGAGCCCCAAAUGCUGGAUAGGUGGACGGGGUACGGUAUAGGUGGCGAAGACAUAUCAAAUAGGAUACAGAAUGUAGUUACUGUUUUUGAAUUAAGACUCGAAUGA